UUCUCCUUACCACAUGUGUUCAUAACCUAAAAGAUCCAAAAGUAUUGUUUUUUUGUUUUCAAUUAUUUUGAAUCUUUGAAUGUAAUUAAACAUUUUUUGUGAAAUACUUAACAAUAUUGUGAAAAAUCGAAAAAUUAAUGUUAUCUGCGUUUAUUUUAAUUUUAAUUUAAUAAACUUAAUUAGAGGUUUAUGAAUUCUCGUAAGUUUAAUGAAUAAGUUUAAUGAAGGAGGAAACAUUGCAUAUUAAACAAAUGAAUCAUUUAAAUACAAAUGAUUUAACAUCGGAUUUGGAUUCAAAAUUAUCUGAAACUUUAGUGAUUAUGGACUGUGAAAAUAAUGAAGAUUCUUUACAGAAGAAAAAAAUACGAAAAUCCAUAAGUUUGAAUCUCGAAGUUCAACCACCAACACCAAGCUCAAAUUCUUUAAAUUCAAAUGAAAAUCCAAAAGGAAUUUUAAAAAAAGCAAAUAGUGUUGUCCACGAAACUGGUAGAGAUUAUUUCCAUAAAAUUCAGGAACAAAAUGAAGAUGUUGAACCUAGACCUCAUAAUCUUGCGGAAUUAGCUGAAGCAGAUGGAUUAAGUCCUGCAACAAUUCAAAGUACCUUUUACUUGGAUGACUUAGGAGAAAACGACGAAAUUUUCUUAAUGGAGAUACCAAAAUCAGUAAAUCCAGAAUUACUCACAGGACAAGUUUUGUCUUUGACAGAAAAAAGUAAGCUGAAAAUAGGAGAAAAUCGCUACAUUGCAACUCAUCGAGAAGCAAGAGGAAAUUUAAGUUGUGUUAUAAGUACAGGAGAAGACUCACAAUCUUAUAAGACUGUGAAUAUCAAACCUGCUGGAAUUAUUCAAGUGAGACAGAAACUUAAUUCCAUUCCUAAAGCAAAACCUGAGUAUUUCGAGCAGAGUAAAAUACCUUUACCGCAAAAUAUUAGAAACAGAGAUCCUUUUUAUGGAGUAGUUACCACUGUAACUAAUAUCAAGGUAAAAAAGGAAUUUAAAAAAAAUAGGUAAUAAGUAUAAAAAAAACAUUUUUAAUGUAAAAUAAUUAUUUUUUUAAUACUGAAUUCUUUACCGAAUUCGCUGUUAAACUAUUUUAUAAUGUAUAAUAAAUUUUAGCAAAUUAAGGCUUUUGUAUAAAAUGAAACAAAUUUUUACAUUAAUAUUUGGUUUCGAUUAAAAAAACCAUUCUCUAUUUACACUAUAUAAUAAAAAUAUUAAAAAAUA